CAGAGGUGGAGUCUCACACGGACAAAAGCGGCUUUGUAUUUCAUAGCAUAUUAUGCUGUUUCAUUUUCAUGUUAGCUUUAGUUCCAGUUAAUACAACUCUUCCUGGAAACAUAAACCUAAACUUCAAGAGCUCUACACUGUGAAAUACAAUGGGAAAAUCAGAGUCUAAACCCAAACAGUUUUUUAAUGAUCAAGAAAUUAAGAAGAUUGCCGAAGUCUAUAACAAAGAUGGGUUGGAUGCAGUAUUUCCAUUGAUUAAAGACAAAUGUGACAAUUUGGACAAUGAAAAAGUCUCAAUUGCAGUGACAGGAGAAUCAGGUGUGGGCAAAUCCGCCUUCAUUAAUGCCAUGAGAGGCCUGGGACCCAAUGAUGAAGGAGCAGCUAAAGAAAAUAUAAUUGAGCAAACCUCAGAACCAACACCUUAUCAACACCCAACACUUCCUUCUGUCUGCCUAUGGGAUCUGCCAGGAAUUGGAACACCAAGAUUUUCUGCUCGCCAGUACCUGGAUAAAGUUAACUUUAAGAUAUAUGACUUGUUUGUCUUAAUAACUGGAGAAAGAUUCAAGGAGAAUGAUGUAAAAUUGGCUAAAGAGAUUAAGAAAAUGGGCAAAGAGUUCUAUUUUGUUCGCAGCCAGAUGGAUGUAGUUGAGGAAAACCUUAAUGAAAGAGGGCAACGUGACAGACUUGAAGAAGAAUUUGAUAACAUAAGAAGUUACUAUAAAAACAGCCUAGAGGAAAGUAGAUUACCCACUUCACAGGUUUUCCUUGUUUCCAGUAGAUAUCCAGAUCGUUAUGACUUCAUGCAAUUUUGUGAUCGUUUAGAGUCUGAGCUACCAGAGAAGAAGAAGAAUGUGUUUGUGCUCUCACUUCCCAAUGUUACAGAAGCUGUAAUUGAAAAGAAAAAAAAGGUUCUACGAGCAAAAAUUGCUCUGGCAGCUGUAGUUUCAGGUGGAAUUGGAGCAAUUCCCAUUCCUGGCUUAUCUGUUGCUUGUGAUAUCGGUAUCCUAGUAGCCACACUUCUGCAUAUGCGAAGCUACUUGGGACUUGAUGACAAGUCUCUCUGCAGACUUGCCUGUAGAGUUAACAAACCUGUUCAAGAGUUGAAAGCAGAAAUAACAAGUCCAUUUGUGCUUAAUAUCACCCCUUCAUCUGUGAUAAAAUUUAUCACAUCGACUGUUUCUGGUGCUGUAAUGAUUGCUGAUGAGGCCCUUCUGAUAAUACCUGUGAUUGGGUCUAUUAUUGGAGCUACCGUCUCUUUUACUGCAACCUGCUUUUUGUUAAAUAGCGCACUGAAUGAUUUUGCAAAGUCUGCAUUGCAGGUGUUGAAAAAGGCUAUUGAAGACAAUUCAAAGCCAGAAGUAACUGAAAAUAAAAGACUGGAACUUGUAGUUGCUAAGAUUCAACCAAAACUCUCCUCACCAUUUACUGACAAUGGAUUAGAAGACAUAAUUACUGAGAAACAACAUAUGCUUGACCAAAGAGAAUUUCACAUCGCUGUAACAGGAGAAGCAGGAAAAGGGAAAUCAGCCUUCAUCAAUGCUAUGUGUGGUCUGAAACCUGGGGACCCUGAAGCAGCUAAAGAGGGCUUUACUGAACAAACCAUGGAAAUGACAAAAUAUAAACAUCCAAGUCUUCCUUCUGUCUUUCUAUGGGAUCUUCCUGGUGCUGGAACGCCAAAAUUUGAAAUUGCAAAAUAUUUUAAGAUAGUCAAAUUUACAGAAUAUCACUUAAUCAUAUUAAUUGUUGGAAACAGGUAUACAGAGAAUGACAAACUGUUUGUGGAAAAGAUAAGAAAAAUGAAACAAGAUUUCUAUGUUGUACGCAGCAAAAUGGAUAAGCAUGAACAGAACAAUGAUCAGUACAGCAGGAAUGAACGAUAUGAGACAAUUAAAAAUUAUUGUAUUAGUCAUUUAAAAAAAAAUGGAGUGGACUCUCCUCAUGUCUUCCUUGUGUCAAGCCGCUGCACAACAGAUUUUGAUUUCAUGAAACUGUGUGAAGACUUGAAGCUUAAAGUAGAAGAGAAGAAGAAAGAUUUGUGCUCACGUGAAAUUACUGAAAUGGUCAAAUGCUUUGUUGAAAAGAAAAAGACACAGCUGAAGGGAACAAUCUCACAGUUAAUUUCAUAUGCAACAGAUGAAGGUGAAGGUAAGACUUUUAUACCUGGAACCACUUGUGCAUAUAACUGCGAUGCUGUUGUGGAAAUUCUUCUGUUCUAUCGUUGGUACAUGGGUCUUGAUGAUGAGUCCAUUAACCAACUUGCAUAUAAAGUAGGGAAAAGUGUGGAAGAUCUUAAGGUAGAAGUGAGUGAUCCUUUUGUGUUUUCUAUUAAUUCAAUUUCUGUUCAAAAUGUUCUUUUUUCUUCUACCUCUUUAAUUCUUUUUAACUUACAAAGCUUCUUGAAACCUCUCACAAGUGUUCCAAAGUCUUCUCAGGUAAUUUCCAAGUUGUUGGAAUUGAUGAUUGAUGUAUUUGCGGAAUCUGCAAUGAGUUUGGCAAAGAAAGCCGCAAAAUAAUGUGGAUUUCUACCUAAAGUCCUAAAACAUCCUCACCACCUAUUAAUAUUUGCAAGCUAUCAUAAAGUAUACUGUGGACCUCCAGUGGUUUUCACCUUGUGACAAU